AUGAUUCCUACACUUCCGUACGACGUGUGGUACCACAUUACGAGCUUUCUCCCCAGAGAAUGUCUUCCAUUGGUCAAUCCCUCCUCUCUGUAUCGGAAUUUGUCGCAACUACCACGCUUGACCAAACUCUCCAUCUCUCAUCCCCUCGAACGGUUCCUAUCGCACGAGUCUACCGGUAUCGACACAUCUCUCAAGAACAAUCGGCACACUCUCGUCGAAUUGCGAUUCCACUCGUAUCACCCCGUCGCCUACUAUCCCCCACCGCCCGACGCAUUCUUCUCACAUCCCAUCUUCAAAGUCGCAUUCCCGCUAUUGGAAGUGCUUCACCUUGGUCUAUACCGGUGGUCGAAUAACUCUGAGGCCUCCGUUAAGGACAACUUGAGCCGGUGUUUGGCCUCCUUCGGAAACUCUGGGUCGCUCACGAAACUCGCUAUCCUCGAAUAUGUCCUGAGAUUGGAACAGCUACAAGCUAUCCUUCUCGUGGUCGGCGGAGAGAACUCCGAGCUCAGACGUCUGCAAGUGCAUCUACACGGGCUUGAUGGCAACGUUUUCGAGGCGCUCGCGAGCCAAACUCUCCUGCUCUACGAGUUAGAGCUAUGUUUUAAUAUUAUGACCGAGGGGAAGGAUGACUCUUUCAACGAGGUGAUGGUGAACCGUCGAUACCCUGAGUGGUCCCUCUGUCACCUCACAACGGUGGGACCUCUGUGUUUCGGAUCCAUCUUUUGGGAUACAGCUCGUGGCCUCCUGACUGCAAGCCUUCCUGGCGUGAUCUCAUUCAACGGGAUGUCCAGGGGCGAGUUCGGACGGAUACCCGAUUAUACCAAGACUUGGUGGGCCACGAUCACACUUGUCUUAUUCUCAAAGAAGAAACAUUCCUUUUCUCGCCUACAAACUCCGGAGCUUUUGCGUCGGAACGACCGCCCUAUCUCCAGCGACAUCACUCCCUUCCGAUUCUAG